AAACGUCUGCAGUCGCCAUUUAGUUGGAAAAUUACUUUUCUGCUAACAAAAAUAUCAAAGACGGUAUUAACGUUUGAAACUAUAGAAGUGGAAAGCCCAAAUCGACAGCAUGCAUUGCUUUGUGCGGGUUGUUUUUUUAUCUUCCUUAAUAUUUUCCUUAUGUGCUGCUCACGAUGAGGGUGAGGGGACUGAUAACGGAGCGACAAUUGUGUACGCUCAUCGUUUAAUCCGGCCUAACGCGGAUUAUGAAAUUGUUGCGCAGUCGCUGCAGAAAGCGUACGAUGCCGACAUUACCGCCACCAUCCAGGCGGCAGGUGCUACGGUGCAAAGUAAAACUGUAACGGUGGAAAAGGGAGACCGGCAGACACUGCGUUUACGGAUUCCAAGUUUGCCACAAACCGGCAGCGUCACGCUAAAAUUUGCCGUAGCCUAUAAAGAUUUUCCGGGCCAACCAGCCAUCAAAGAACACCAGUUAAUACCAGUUCCAUCGGAUGACAUUAUCCUGAUUCAACUUAACAAACCCAUGUACCGAGCCACAGACGCCGUGCAGUUCCGCGUAUUAAUCUUGGAUCAACAGCUGCGGCUAUCAUCUAAUGUCAAAACCAUUACCGCUCUGCUCAAGGAUCCGCAGGGAGGACUACUGGAAACCAAGGCAGACAUAGGAUAUGCAUACGCUAACACUCCGGGCUUCUUUAAUGGAACCUUCCAGCCUUUUUCAUUUGAUCCGGUUAAUGGCAACUGGACACUGGAAAUAGUGACCAAAGGUCAAACCGUUACGAAAGUUCUGCAAGUGGCUAAUUACCGGCUUCCACGCUUUGCGGUGUACUUUAACACACCCGACUACGUCACGCCGAAAGACGUCUCGCUCACCGUGAGCGUAUCAGUCAGGGACCAGACUGGAAAUCCUGUUAUCGGGUCAGUCGAAACCGUCAUUAUUGAUCCCUCCAUGGGAGCUAAACCAUUGGCGCCUCAGGAUACGGAAGGCACAAGCACGACCCAACCAUAUAACUACAAACUCAACCAUCAGGCCUUGCAACGACAGUUCUGCGAUAAAGGCAUCGACGGCUACAUCAUCCUCAACGCAACGGCUAAAGAGAAGCUGACCAAUAAAGUAGAAAAAUCGGAGAAACGCAUUCCAUACUACUGCACGCCCGUCGCUAUCCACCUGGGCGGCGCCCACAGCUACCGGCCCGGGCUGGAGAACACUAUUACCGUCCGCGUGACGAAUCACGAUGGCACGCCGGUAGCCGCCAGCGUCUUAUCGGCCGUCACUUUCUCCGCGACAGAAUCGGGUGAUACCCGUGACCGCGAAACCCCGGUGGUCAUUACCGGAAAAGAGGUGGAUGUGGCGCAGGGUAUCGUUACCCUGCAAAUGAGGGCCCAGUCCAGCUCACACAAACUGAUGAUCAGUGCGACGUUGGAGGGUAUAACGAAAAAGCUGACGCUGACGGAACGACUCAGCACGGUGGCGGCCAAUAUCCGUGUUUUCGGCGCCAAGACGUACAGGGUGGGCGAUACCGUGGAGUUCCAGCUGGAAUGCAACCAGGAAUGCCCGGACAUGUAUUAUUCGGUGCUCACGAGAAACGGUGUUGCCGCCUCGCAAACUAUUACUAUGACGAACGAGAAGAGCGCCCGUUUGAGCUUCAAAGUCACGGCUAGUAUGGCGCCCUCGGCCACAAUCAUCGCUUAUUACCUAGGAGCAACCGAGAUUGGAGUGGAUAGCGUUGAAAUCCUUGUUGAACGUGGAUCGGUUGUCCAAGAUGUGACACUGACGGUCGGCCCGGAAGACACACGUCAGAGCUACGUCGUACCCGGUUUGGACAACAAAGCGAAGGUGGAGAUCUCUGCGACGCCUAAUUCACUGGUUGGACUGUUGGCCGUUGACAAGAAUCUGCUCCAGUUAGCAUCGGGGCAUGAUAUCACUGCGCGCGACAUCUCAUCAAAACUUUUUGGUAUCGACGCAAAAUUGGAAGAAAUUUCUCUACCGGAAAAGGACGAAUUUCAGGCUAAGAGCGUUGUUGUUUCUGUGUUUGACACCUCUCUUCUAUUAUACGCCUUCGCGAACCCAGAGAAACGAGUGGAGAAACCUUCAGGGAUUUUACGAAACGAUUUCCGGGACAGUUUCAUGUUUACAACAGGAUUUACAGAUGCCAAGGGAAAGCUGUCCUACUCUGAAGUUGUUCCCGAUUCCAUCACGACGUGGGCCGUUACGGCCUUUGCCGCCAGCACAAAACAGCCGAUCAGCUUGACCAAGAAACCACAAGACUUGCGGGUGUAUCAAGAACUGUACAUCCAUUUGGAAACGCCGCUCUCCAUGAUCGAAAAUGAGACCACCAAGGUCAACGUCACCCUGUUCAACUUUCGUAGCAAAUCGGGUUCCACCACUCUGGGUUUCCGCUACACCGUCAACGCCAGUCGCGGCGGCCUCAAUCUCGCAACGGAUCUGCCGUUGAAACAGCGCAACGCUUUUCAGUACUUCCCCAUUACUUUGGGUCCUUACAAGAAAGGAAUAGUCACCGUCACCGUCGAAGUGUUUGAACAGGGCGUCGGCACCGUGGACAAAGUGGUGAAGCACAUCCAUAUCAUCCAGCCAGGCGCACUGGUUACGAAGACCUCGGACAUGAAGACACUGACUGGCCGCGGAAGUCUGGAGCUGCCAGUAGACCGGCAGAAAAUGUUCCCGGAAAAUGUGGUCCCGGGUUCGGAGAGUAUUACCUUGACCGUAACCGGUGAUGUAUGGGCACCUACAAUGAAGCACCUGUCCAUGCCGGAUGUUAGUCGGGACUUUGAAGGACUAAUUAGAAUCCCGAUGGGCUGCGGCGAGCAGACUAUGGCUGUUUUGAUGCCAAACGUGUUCCUGGCGAGAUAUCUCAAGCGACUAGGAGGAAAUGCCCUAACUGCUAAUAAUCGCGAUAAAAAGCUCAGGGAAAAUAUGUACAAAGGAUUUAUUAGACAGGCGAGUUUCCGUUUAAAGGAUGGAUCAUACAACGCAUUUGGAAGGAAAGAUCACAACGGAUCGACAUGGUUAACCGGCUAUGUGGUGCGCGGUAUGGCCUUGGCCAGCGAGUUCAUCAGAAUUGACAAGACCCAGAUCGACAAAUCUCUAGCCUUCCUGGACACCAAGCAGAACAGCGACGGAUCUUUCCGAGAAGACGGCAACAUCAUCGACCGGCCGUUGGCCGGAGCUGGAGGAAAGGGCGUGGCUCUGACCGCCUUCGUAUUGCUGGGAUAUAUUGAGAACGGACGCAGCACACCCGUGAUGAACAAGGCCCGAGCAUUCCUGGAGUCCGCUUUAUCGAACAUAAAAGAUCCCUUUACGCUGGGUCUGACGUGUUACGCCUUCAGCCGAAUGGGCAGUGCCAAAACUCAAGAAUGUAUACAGCGUCUGAACGACCAGGCCAAAGAACCAGCAGCUGGACAGCGCUGCUGGCUGGAUAAAAGCAGUACCAAAGGUCACGAUCAGAAGUUCACGGCAAAAGAUGUGGAGACUACAGCUUAUGCGCUGUUAGCGCUGUGCAACAGUAGUUACAGUGGAGAUCUCAGUCCGAUUGUUGAUUGGCUGCUGUCGCAGCGCAACGGCCAAGGCGGAUUCAAGUCUACAAUGGACACAAUCGUUGCUCUUAACGCUUUGAGUGAGCUGAAGGCCGGUCCCUCCACAAAAUCCCUGAACGUGGAAGUUGUGGGUGUUAAAGGCGGGAAGCAGACCAUUAGCCCCAAAGUUCUUGUUCCCAAGACGUUCCCGGUGCCCUUGACACAGGGUACUGUACAGAUUAAGGCGGACGGAGAGGGUACGGUUAAGUGUCAACUGGAGUAUUCAUACCGGGAACGACCAUCAAAGAUCAAGGUCACUUCCACUACCCCCACAUCGAGGAGUCCGCUGCCCAACGAUGCACCCGAGUCCGAUUUCGAUGUCGGCUUCAAGCUACGAUCAGAAGAUGACAAUAACAACAAUCUGCAAUUGGACGUCUGUCCAACGUAA